UUACCAGUUGCUACAAAAUGAAAUUUGGAGGGAACCAAGUGCCAAAUAUUCCAAAAUGGCCGCAGCCCUUCCUGCCAUUCUCUCAAGCCUGUCUCUCUCCACACAAAAACCAACCAAAAAUAAAGUCUAUAAUCGAGUUCCAAGAACAAACUGCAUCAUCUCCUUGUUGAAAUCCUGUUCAAACCUCAGAGAAUUUGCACCGAUCCAUGCCCGUUUGGUCACCACAAACCUCAUCCACGACCCCUUCACCGCCAGCCAGGUUCUCUGGUUCUUCAUCACCAUCAAAGACUUUGAUUAUGCUCGACUAGUUUUCAGUCAAACCCAUCAGCCAGAGACCAUUAUUUGGAACACCCUUAUGGAAAACAGACUCAAAAAUGGUUCUUUUGGAGAUGUGCUUUCAACUUACUAUAACAUGGUCACUCAAGGUGUGCCUCUGGAUGCAUCUACUUUCCACUUCUUGAUUCAUGCUUGUUCUAGACUUUUGGCCAUUCAACAGGGGACUGAGAUCCAAGGCCGGAUUUUGAAAAUUGGGUUGGGGGAUAAUAUGUCUUUGAUUAACAAUUUGAUGGGUUUGUAUUCGAAAUGUGGGAAAUUGGAUGAAGUGCGCAAAAUGUUUGAGAUAUUACCUCAGAGAGAUGUGAUUAGUUGGAACACCAUGAUAUCAUGCAAUGUCCAUAAGGGAAUGCUUUACGAGGCUUUGAAUCUAUUUCUGGAAAUGCAGACUAAUGAAGAAGUUGAACCAGAUGAAAUUACCAUGCUGAGCUUAGUUUCGGCUUGUACGAAGCUCAGGGAUUUGGAAAUGGGGGAGAAGUUGCACCAGUAUAUUGAGGAAAAUGAAUUGGAGAUUGGUGGGAAUCUGUUGAAUUGUGUGGUGGAUAUGUAUGUUAAGUGUGGGAAAAUGGAUAAGGCACUUGAGCUUGUGGGUAGAUGCAAGCCUGAUAUUGAUGUUGUUUUGGGGACUAUUAUGGUUGGUGGGUAUGUAAAAUCUAAUGAGAUACAUGCCGCUAGGUGCCUGUUUGACCAGAUGACAGAGAGGAACUUGAUUUCAUGGAUGACGAUGAUUUCAGGUUAUGUUCAAGGAGGUUACUGUUAUGAAAGUCUGGAGUUAUUCAGGCAAAUGAGAAAAACAUAUUUGAGCCUUGAUGAGGUUCUUUUGGUUACGGUACUUUCAGCAUGUGCUCAUGUGGGAGAUUGCAAGUUAGGCAAAUCCGUUCACAGUCUGAUUUUCAAAUAUGGAAUGAAUGUUGAAGGGUUUCUUGGGAAUGCUCUGAUAGACUUGUAUGCCAAAUGUGAAAAACUGGCUGAGGCUUGCUUAGUUUUUGAGCAGUUGCCUUGCAAGAGUGUUGUGUCUUGGAAUUCGAUGUUGGAUGGGUUCUGCAGAAGUGGAGAUAUUAAGAAGGCUAGACUCUUCUUCAAUGAGAUUCCUGAGAAGGAUGUGAUUUCUUGGAACACCAUGAUCAACUGUUAUUCCAUAUCUCAUCGAUUCGGAGAAGUGUUUGAGUUAUUUCGUGCAAUGCAGAGUUCAAAUGUUCAGCCGAACAAGAUCACAUUAGUCAGUGUUCUGUCUUCCUGUGCUAGUGUUGCAGCCCUGAAUUAUGGCAUUUGGGUGCAUGUUUACAUAAAAAAGAAUCAUAUUGAGUUGGAUAUUAUGUUGGGAACUGCUUUGAUUGACAUGUAUGGAAAGUGUGGAAGCAUUGAACAAGCCUAUGAGAUAUUCUCGGAUAUGACUGAAAAAAAUGUGUUUGUGUGGACCGCUAUGAUAGCAGCACGUGCCAUGGAAGGGCAAGCCCAGAAAGCUAUUGAUCUCUACUCAGAAAUGGAAGCUCUAGCAAUAAAGCCAGAUCAUGUCACUUUCGUAGCUCUUCUAUCUGCUUGUAGCCAUGGAGGCUUAGUCAAUGAAGGGUACACAUACUUCAACAAGAUGAGUAGUGUCUACAGUAUUGUUCCUAAGAUCCAGCACUAUGGGUGUAUGGUUGAUCUCCUAGGUCGAGCCGGACGCUUAGACCAGGCAGUGAGGUUUAUUGAAAGCAUGCCUAUCAAACCAGAUAUCUCUAUAUGGAGUUCCUUGUUGAGAGCAUGUGGAAGCCAUCAGAAUCUAGAAUUGGCAGAAAAAGUAUUUCAAGAGCUCAUAAAGAUAGACCCCCUAAACGAUGCUGCUUAUGCUCUUAUUUCAAAUAUAUAUGCAAAAGCUGGUAGGUGGGAUGAUGUGAGCUGGGCAAGAAAGAAGUUGCAUGAACUAGGAGUGAGGAAGCAACCAGGAUGUAGUCUAAUAGAACAAAAUGGAGCUGUGCAUGAAUUUACUGCUUGGGAUUUCUCAAACCCUCAAUCUGCUGAAAUUUAUGCUAUGUUGGAUGAGAUAAAGCGUAGAUUGCAAAAACAGGACCUAGUAGAAACAUCAUCUCAUCAUAGUGAAAGAUUGGCUGUUGCUUUUGGUCUUUUAAACAACCCCCCAAGAACUCCUAUCCGUGUAGUUAAUAAUCUGCAGAUUUGUAGAGAUUGCCAUUCAGCCAUGAAACUAAUAUCUCAGGCCUACAACAGAGAAAUUGUUAUCAGGGAUAAUUACAGAUACCAUCGGUUUGUAGAUGGAAAUUGCUCUUGUAAAGAUUAUUGGUGAAUUCAGAUCAUAAUUUGCAACCUAUGUUCAAUA